CCGGCGAUUACGUCGUUAGUGCAGUCGCCAUUUGCACUUCCGUUUGGAGUUGCAAAUCCGCAAUUUGCUUUUCAACAGCACGGUGGAACAUUUGCACAACCAGGUUUUGCUGAUGCACUUGCUGCAUCUCCUGGCAUAUCACCAUUUCUUACGGGUUUGACGUCAACUUUGGCAUCUGGAACUGCAAGUCCGGCAGCCAACGCUGCGAUGUUAUCCGCUACAGCAGCUGCAUUACGAUUACCACAUGUUGGCGUGUUAAAUAUUUCUCCAGUGGUUCUAGUUUCAAAUCUUGAUGAAAAUAGGGUCACUCCAGAUGCUUUAUUUACGCUUUUUGGUGUUUACGGCGAUGUUCAACGGGUAAAGAUACUUUUCAACAAAAAAGAUAAUGCUUUAAUACAGUAUGCUGAACCGCAACAAGCACAAUUUGCAAUUCAACACCUUGACAAGGUACGUUGGCAUGACAAACAGAUGCGUGUAGCUGCAUCAAAGCAUACAAAUGUUCAGAUGCCAAAAGAAGAUGCUGGAUUAACACGAGACUAUUCACAGUCGCCACUUCAUCGUUUCAAAAAACCGGGUAGUAAAAACUAUAUGAACAUCUAUCCGCCAAGUGCAACACUUCAUCUAUCAAACAUUCCACCAAAUAUUACGGAAGAAUAUUUGACAAAUGCAUUCGAGCAACACGGUUUUCAACCAAAGGGUUUUAAAUUUUUUCCGAAGGAUCAUAAAAUGGCAUUACUGCAGUUGAACGAUGUUGAAACCGCAAUAAAUGCAUUAAUUGAAAUGCAUAAUUUUAAGUUGGCAGAAAAUGCACAUCUAAGAGUUUCAUUUUCAAAAAGUGGUAUUUAG